UGGCGCGCGGGCGGCCGGCAGUGGGAACGCGCUGACGUCGUUGAAUGUUUAGCUUUGCUCGAGCAACCAUGGCAGCCGCUCGGUGACAGCUCGGCGGCUCCUCUCCGACCGUCUCUCCCUCGCCGUUAACUGCUAGCCUGAUCCCCCGCUACCGAGGGGAGGAUUUCCCCACCUCCCCUGGUUUGUUUGUAAGUCACUUUGGAACUUUGCUGUUUCCUUACGGCGGUUGUGUUGAGAAUCUUGCUGUCCAGAAAGAGUAAAGCAGUCUCGUGGAAAUUAAAAGGGAAAAGAUGGGAAGUUUCUUGCAAUUUCAAGUCAAGAUUUUCUGGCAAAUAUAAAAUUGGCACCGGAAAUGUAGAUUCUGUUACAGAAAACACUACAACAUGACUGAAAUUAACAGUGAGACAGGAUUCUACAGUGUACAAGUUGGUGAUUCUACCUUCACUGUUCUCAAGCGUUAUCAGGCAUUGAAGCCAAUAGGUUCAGGGGCUCAGGGAAUUGUCUGUGCUGCAUAUGAUAGUAUACUUGAUGGAAGUGUUGCUGUUAAGAAACUCAGUCGACCUUUUCAGAACCAAACUCAUGCCAAGAGAGCUUACAGAGAGCUUGUGCUACUUAAGUGUGUUAAUCAUAAAAAUAUUAUUAGUUUGUUAAAUGUAUUUACACCGCAAAAGUCUUUAGAGGAAUUCCAAGAUGUUUACUUGGUAAUGGAGUUGAUGGAUGCCAAUUUGUGCCAGGUUAUCCAUAUGGAGCUAGACCAUGAGAGAAUGUCCUACCUUCUAUACCAGAUGUUAUGUGGUAUUAAGCACCUCCACUCAGCGGGUAUUAUUCACAGAGAUUUGAAGCCCAGCAAUAUAGUAGUAAAGUCAGACUGCACUCUGAAAAUCUUAGAUUUUGGACUGGCGAGAACUGCCUGUACUAAUUUUAUGAUGACUCCAUAUGUAGUGACGAGAUAUUACAGAGCACCUGAAGUUAUUUUAGGAAUGGGAUACAAAGAAAAUGUUGAUAUCUGGUCAGUGGGGUGCAUCAUGGGAGAAAUGCUGAAAGGUUCUGUGCUAUUCCAAGGCACUGAUCGUAUCCUUCCCCAACAAUUCUUCAAUUCGAAGUCAUUGAUGUUGAGAGCAAAAGAAAUCUUAACUUUUCCCUUGUUUUGAUGACCAAACCAUGUU